AGGGGGAGCAGAGCAGAGCACUCACACUGCCUUCACACUGAGCUCUGAGGAGCACCUCCAGUCAGCGGACAACCGAACCAGGGGAUGACAAUGAGCCGCAAGGAUGUAGGCGCACUUGAAUUAUCUCAAGCAUCCUGCACCCAGAGUGAAUCAUGAGUAAAGUAACGGAAUGCUGGAGCAGAUGAUACCAUGAAGAGAAGCUCACGGGUCCUCUAUCGCCAACUGCUUAGUGUUCUCCUGAUCCUGGCACUGACAGAAGAACUCAUAUCCGCUGUUCAAGAACUGUCUUUUAGUUCAAAGUCCCAAGACGACCAAACAGACUUAAGCACUAAAACCAUGGUGAUACCCAGACCUGGUGCCAAUCCCACCAAUGUAUCAAACAGCAGUGACUGGCACAGAGCCUGGGCUACAGAUGGGAAUAUUUUAAAGUACCUUCAGGAAUCCCGCAGCACCAAGCCGAUUGAUUUCAGCUUCAUUCAACCCACACCUACUGCUAUCUACUCAACCAAGCCACUCUCACCCCAGGACACUGCUGGCAAUUAUCACAGAAUAAAUGCCACCCUUUCUUUGCAUAAUCAAAGUACUUUGCAUUCAGAGCCAGUUCCUUCAAAGGAGGUAGUGUCUCUGCUACACAUAGACAAGACAGUGGAGCCUACACAAAUUUACCCAAAUGUAGUACUGCACCCUUCAUUUUCUACGGGAUUGCCCUACAGAAUUUCAGAUUCUCAGAUGAUCCCCUCAGUUGUUGAUCGCUAUUCUGCACAAGCGUCUAAAAUCUCAGAUAUCCAUCACGUUACUACACUGGCAUCCUCAACUGAUCAAAUCAUGCAGAAUUCCACUGACGCCCUUCGUGACUUUACCAAGCUGUGGCAAGCCGAGAGAUCCAGCUUUCCAGAAGCCAGGAAUUCACAGACUCCACUUCUUCCUGACUCUCCGCCACAUCUGAUAACUAGUUCUGUCAACCAGGUCACAUCUAGCAUUGAUAGUUCAGUGUUGAAAUCACAGUCAGGUGUAGACUUGGAUUCUUUGAUCUUAACUUCAUCUGUAUACUCCAGUCAGGAUUUAUGGGAGGUUAGUGAUAAAAAUCUAUCAAUUGCAUUUGAACCUUAUAUUUCAACUUCUGUGGCAAUAUUCAGCACCAUGGAAAGCGAUGCCUUAGCCAAUGGCAUUCUGCCAACUGUGUCUACACCGGGGACCUCCUCAACCCUGUCAGAAUCUGGCACAACAGCAACAGGAAGCUUCCUAAACAGAUUAAUUCCUGCUGGGACUGGGGGCCCUGGACCUCCAGGCAACAUUUCCCAUGUAACUGAAGUAGACCAACCUCAGCAGAAAGCAACUAUCUGCCUCAGUAAGGUUGACAUCGCCUGGAUUAUUCUGGCUGUCAGUGUGCCUGUUUCGUCAUGCUCAGUUUUGCUUACGGUGUGCUGUAUGCAGAAAAAGAAGAAGACUUCAAACCCUGAAAAUAAUUUGAGUUAUUGGAACAAUACAAUCACAAUGGAUUACUUCAACAAACACGCUGUGGAUCUGCCGAGAGAAAUCCAGUCUCUCGAAACAUCAGAGGACCAUCUCUCUGAGCCUCGCUCCCCUCCAAACGGCGACAAUGUAGACACUGGAAUGGUCCUGGUCAACCCAUUUUGCCAAGAAACGCUUUUCUCUGCAAAUGAAAGAGUUUCCGAGUUGUAGUCGUGUGAAGGAGGCCAGGAGUGGAGCUAGGUUUAUUCCACUGUACAAAGUUCAAUACUUUCAUGUAAUCCUUCGUCGGGAGGUUGUUCCAGUCAGAAACCUUCUUUCCCCCAAAUUGCAAUUCCUUUUUAUAUGUGUGAAGAAAAGUUUACAAGACUUUGCUUUAUAAAAUAAAAGUAUUUCUAAA